CACAAUGGCAUUUCCUGGAGGCAGGUAUUUCAUUGAAGACAAGCUAUCGCAGCAAGCUGUGCACCAUCAGAGUUUCGAGGCUCUCUGGGAGACAAAAUGGAAGCCAUUAUGUGACAUGGGCGUAUACCCAUUCAUGUACGGCACUUCGCAAGAUUUCGAGCCUGUAGUCAAGAGUAUUAUAGCUGCCGGCCUCAAGCCACCCUACAAUUGGGAUGAAUAUGCGUCGCAUUUCUUCGCCAAGGCCGCAGAACUGGUGUCGCAAGCAGAGGCUUCACAAGAGAGAGAUGAAGCUUCGGAGUUAUUCAUGAGAGCGUCAGCAUUAUAUCGCAUCGCACGGUUCCCUGCUCCUCGCUCUGAGAACCAGCAAAUCGCAUGGGUGAAAGGUAAAGAGGCUGCACUUGCAGGUCUUAAGCUCCAGAAGUAUCCGAUGACCGAAGUGACGAUUCCGCAUAUCCAUGCCGCGUUUGGGGACGGCACGGCGUUACCCGGUUAUUACCAUCUCCCGGAGCAUGCAUCUCCGGAUAAUCAGGUACCCCUUGUUAUCAUCUUCACCGGGUUGGACGGUUACAGAACUGAGCUUGCGGUAUGGAAAGAUGGAUGGGCUGAACUUGGAGUCGCGCUCCUUGUUGUUGAGAUUCCAGGGACUGGAGACAAUCCUGGGGCUCCUUCAGAUCCCAGCUCACCGGACCGCGUGUGGUCAAGCAUGUUCCACUGGGUUGGCCAGCAGGUGCAGAUUGACCAAAGUAAGAUUGUGAACUGGGGCUUUAGCACCGGUGGCUACUAUUCGAUACGCCUCGCGCAUACGCAUCCUGAUAAGCUUAAAGGUGUGGUGGCGUUAGGGGGCGGAUGUCAUCACAUGUUCGACCCAAAAUGGCUGGAUGCAGUGGACACCUUAGAAUAUCCAUUCGAUUUGGCGCAUACGCUCUGUUAUAAGUUUGGUUACGGAGCCAACUUUGAGCGUUUCAAGGAAGACGCAAGUGAGCGAUUUUCUCUGCUUAAAAGUGGAAUUCUCGACCGUCAGGGAUGCGCACGCCUCCUCCUUGUAAAUGGCAUGGAGGACGAGAUCUUUCCUAUCGAUGAUUACUAUUUGUGUCUACAGCAUGGUGACCCCAAAGAAGUUCGUUUUGUUAGUGGUUCCAAGCAUAUGGGCGAGCCUGCCUCCUUCGUCAUCAUUCUCCAAUGGCUUUUCAAGCUCCUGGAAGUGCCUGGAGAUGUUAGAAAAUUCCUUUCAACCAUUCCGUUCAAAGCAAAAUACUUGAAGUAGAGAUAUUCGACAGGGUUACUUCCCGUCUAUUUAGUUAAAAGAACUAACUUUAGGGGAUUGCAAGUAGAAUAUGAAGAUUAGUGAUAAACUUAAAAGAGU